AUGGUGUUCAGAUCCCCUCUAGAGCUCUAUCCCACCCAUUUCUUCCUGCCAAACUUCCCCAGCGACCCGCACCACCACCACCGCUCGCUCCUUCUGGCCAGCGGUGGCAGCAGCUCCGGACCUGGAGGAGGAGGAGGAGGCAGCGGCGGUGGCAGCGGCGGCAGCGGCAGUGCCGCCACCGGUUGUAGCGGAGGAUCCGCCGGUGGCGGCGGCGGAGGAGGAGGCGCCUCUCGAGGAGCCCCGGAAGAACUGUCCAUGUUCCAGCUGCCCACACUCAACUUCUCCCCGGAGCAAGUGGCCAGCGUCUGCGAGACGCUGGAGGAGACGGGCGACAUCGAGAGGCUGGGCCGCUUCUUGUGGUCGCUGCCGGUAGCGCCGGGGGCAUGCGAGGCGAUCAACAAGCACGAAUCCAUCCUGCGCGCCCGGGCGGUGGUGGCCUUCCACACGGGCAACUUUCGAGACCUUUACCACAUCCUGGAGAACCACAAGUUCACCAAGGAGUCGCACGGCAAGCUGCAGGCCAUGUGGCUGGAAGCGCACUACCAGGAAGCCGAGAAGCUCCGCGGGAGACCCUUGGGCCCCGUCGACAAGUACCGCGUGCGCAAGAAGUUCCCCUUGCCCAGGACCAUCUGGGACGGCGAACAGAAGACGCACUGCUUCAAGGAGAGGACUCGCAGUCUCCUGAGGGAGUGGUACCUCCAGGACCCCUAUCCCAACCCCAGCAAGAAAAGGGAACUGGCGCAGGCCACCGGCCUCACCCCCACGCAAGUGGGCAACUGGUUCAAGAACCGCAGGCAGAGAGACCGGGCGGCCGCCGCCAAGAACAGGCUCCAGCACCAGGCGAUCGGACAGAGCGGCAUGCGGUCCUUGUCAGAACCGGGCUGCCCGACCCACAGCUCGGCGGAGUCUCCGUCCACGGCGGCCAGCCCCACCACAAGCGUCUCCAGCCUGACGGAACGAGCCGAGACGGGCACGUCCAUCCUCUCGGUAACCUCCAGCGACUCAGAAUGUGAUGUAUGA